UUUGUCGCACGCGGGGCGGCCGUAAAGCGCGGACCGAGAAAAAAAAAGCAGAGGGGGAAGGUCGCGCGCCGCUUCUGCGCCCGUCCCAGGUCUCUUUCCUUCCUCCCCCCCCCCGCGACGAUACCUGCGGGGGCGGAGCCGAGUAUGCAGAUGACCCGCCGCGGGGCGGGGCCGACGAUGCAAAUUAAAGCCUCCAGGCAGCGCGUCCAGGUGAGCGCCGCGCCGGAGGUUACACAGAGCUAGCAGCAGCUGUGAAGAUUUCCUGGUGCGUCUUCGGAGAACCAUCAGCAUGAUGUUUCUCCAACGACUGUUAAACUUCCAAUGGCAAAGAAUGACUCUGACGUGGUGGAGGCUGUGUGGCUGCCGGCACAGUAGCAGCAAUGGAGCUGAAUCUCACUUGAUGCCCCUGCCAACACGCGCACAAGUGGUUAUCUGUGGUGGUGGAAUCAUGGGCACAUCAGUGGCAUAUCAUCUCUCCAAGCUAGGGUGGAAGGACAUUGUCUUACUGGAGCAGGGCAGGCUGGCAGCUGGUUCCACUCGGUUCUGCGCAGGCAUCGUAAGCACCGUGCGGCAUUUGUCCAUUGAGCUGAAGAUGGCUGAUUACUCACGGAAGCUCUACCAGCAGCUUGAGCAAGAGACAGGGGUGAAAACUGGUUACGUGAAGACAGGCUCCAUCUCACUAGCUCAGACCCAAGACCGGCUGAUCUCGCUGAAGCGCAUUGCCUCGCGCCUCAAAAUCAUGGGUAUUCCCUGUGAGCUUAUCCCGCCAAAGAGAGUAUCCCAGCUCCACCCCUUUAUCAACAUCCACGACCUGGUGGGGGCCCUGCAUGUGCCCGAGGACGCCAUCAUAUCAUCUGCUGACGUGACAAUUGCUUUGGCCAAUGCUGCUGCAGCAAACGGUGUUCAAAUCCACGAACGAACCAGCGUCAUCCAUGUCCUGGACCAGAAGGGCUGCGUAACUGGAGUGGAGACAGACAGAGGGAUGAUUGAGUGCCCAUACUUCGUUAACUGUGCUGGGCAGUGGGCUUAUGAGCUCGGCCUUUCCAACGAACAGCCGGUCAGCAUCCCGCUGCAUGCCUGUGAACACUUCUACCUGCUGACGCGCCCCCUGAAGACCCCGCUGGAGAGUAGCACGCCAACUAUUGUGGAUCUUGAUGGGAGGAUCUACAUCCGCAGCUGGCAGGGGGGCAUCCUCUCGGGAGGCUUCGAAAAGAACCCCAAGCCUAUUUUCACAGAGGGGAAGAAUCAGCUGGAGGUCCACCGCUUGCAGGAAGACUGGGAUCACUUUGAGCCGCUGCUGAGUGCCUUGCUGCGGAGGAUGCCGGAUAUGGAGGCCCUGGAGAUCGUGCAGCUGGUGAAUUGCCCAGAAUCCUUUACUCCAGACAUGCGGUGCAUUAUGGGAGAAUCCCCCAACAUACAGGGAUACUUCGUCCUAGCAGGAAUGAACGCCGCUGGUACAUCCUUUGGAGGUGGGGCAGGCAAGUACCUGGCCGAAUGGAUGGUGAAUGGCUACCCCUCUGACAACAUAUGGCCCUUGGACCUGAAGCGCUUUGGAGCUCUGCAAAGCAGCCGAACCUUCCUCCGUCAUCGGGUUAUGGAAGUGAUGCCCCUGAUUUAUGACUUAAAAGUUCCCCGCUGGGAUUUCCAGACUGGCCGGCAACUCCGCACGUCUCCCCUUUAUGACCGGCUGGACGCCCAGGGAGCGAGGUGGAUGGAGAAGCAUGGCUUUGAGAGGGCAAAAUUCUUUGUCCCUCCAGGGAAAGAUUUGCUGGCUCUGGAUCAGAGCAAGACGUUUUACAAGCCCGACUGGUUUGACAUUGUGGGCGCAGAGGUCAAGUGCUGCAAAGAGGCCGUCUGUGUGAUUGACAUGUCGUCUUUCACCAAGUUUGAGAUAAGCUCCACGGGAGGACAAGCUUUGGAAGUUCUGCAGUAUCUCUUCUCCAACGACCUGGAGGUGCCAGUUGGGCAUAUUGUGCAUACGGGGAUGCUCAAUCACACCGGAGGGUAUGAGAACGACUGCAGCAUAGCCCGUCUGAACAAACGCAGCUUCUUCAUGAUUUCCCCCACAGACCAGCAGGUUCACUGCUGGGCCUGGUUGAAGAAACACAUGCCUGAAAACAGCAACCUCUUCUUGGAAGAUGUAACCUGGAAAUACACAGCCUUGAAUCUGAUUGGCCCACGUGCCAUGGAUGUCCUGUCGGAGCUGUCGUAUGCGCCAAUGACACCUGAGCAUUUCCCUUCCCUCUUCUGUAAGGAGAUGAGUGUCGGCUACGCCAAUGGCAUCCGUGUCAUGAGUAUGACGCACACGGGGGAGCCCGGCUUCAUGCUUUACAUCCCCAUCGAGUAUGCCCUCCACGUGUACAACGAGGUGAUGAGCGUGGGGCAGAAGUAUGGGAUCCGGAACUCUGGUUAUUACGCCCUCCGCAGCUUGCGCAUUGAGAAGUUUUUUGCCUUCUGGGGACAAGACCUGGACGCUUUCACCACCCCUAUGGAAUGCGGGAGAGAAUUCCGGGUGAAGCUGGACAAGGGCAUAGAUUUCAUCGGGAGGGAUGCGCUGAUGGCUCAGAAGCAGGAAGGAGUCUACAAGCGCUUCACCAUGUUCAUCCUGGAAGACCAUAACACUGACCUGGACUUGUGGCCCUGGUGGGGGGAUCCCAUCUACCGCAAUGGCUGCUACGUGGGCAAGACCACCAGCAGCGCUUACAGUUACACGCUGGAACGGCAUGUCUGCUUGGGCUUCGUUCAAAAUCUGGACCCCGAGACCGGCAAGGAGCAGCUUGUCACGCCUGACUUUGUCAACCGGGGCGAAUACCAGAUCGACAUUGCGGGGCAGCACUUCCAAGCCAAGGCCAAGCUCUACCCCUUCAGCUCCCUCUUCACCACCCGCCGGCGCAAGGACGAGAUGGAAUUCAGCGGCUUCCAGGGAAAAUAAUCCCCACCAAGUGCCAGACUUUUCCCCCACAUUGCUCUUUGGACUCCUUAAGACCUCCUGGUCUGUUACAUUUUGUAUAUUUUAACCCUUUCCCUUCCUCCUUUUCCCAAAGUGAUCCUGCCGCUCCCAAUCUUAAAGGGGUAUUUAUGACAGGGAGGUGCGAUGCUCUGUUUCUAGAGCGAGCCGAGUCUUCCCUGGUCCCUCAGCUGUCAGGGAGAGUUUGAGGCCUUGGGAAUUUGGCAGGAUCUCUUGGGAUCUGGAGUGGCCUGCAGAGCGAGACCUGUUGCUCGCUUAAGGCACCUACUCGCAUCAUUCAGAGAUUUGCUCACAUGAAGAUAUUCUGGUCCUAUCUCUACCGGCUUCCCUUCAAGAGGGGUCAGUAGAAAUGACAAGAGGAUGAUCUCACCUUUAUCUCCAGAGUGGGAGAUGCUGCAUUCUGUUAGCAGGAGCCUCUUGGUAGGUUUGGCAUGCAUCUGCAUCGAUCUAUGGGGCCACGGAAGUCCCUCGGAUAGGAAUACAACCGCCUGAUGUUACUCAUCUCCUCUGCUCCCCCUUUGGGAUCUUAUUUCAUGAGAGCUACUUUGGGUACGGCUGCCUCUCAGGUCGUCGUCCUGUCAUGGCCAACUCCCUCCUGGGUGACCUCCAGAGACGUGGACUUCAGCUCCCGGAUUCUCAGCACAGACAUGGGAGAUGAGGAGCCUCUACAAGGCAGCCGGGCUGGAACAGGACAUUUCCUGGCAUAUCUGCGGCUUGUGCAAUAGAGGGUGGGGAGGGCGAGGAGUGUCUCUCACGGAAACGAUUGGGGACAGAGGGGGCCAAGACUUUGGGGUAAGCAGCUUGCGCUGUAAUUUUUAAGGCUGAUCCGACAUGCAGCUUGCCUGGGGGAUCGAACCAUUGUCCCCCUCAUCCCCACCCCCAUCCCUGAUCUAAAGGCUGCAUUUGGCCAAAAACGAUGCUAGCACUGCUGCUCCGACUCUGGUGAUCAUCUCGUUCGCCAUGAGGUCGGGCAAUCAGCCAUCUACCUGGAGAUUUCCUUCCCUGUCGGUUUUGGAGCUCCAAAGGCCCCCGCCGGAUGACGAGAGCUGCCAGGUUCUGCCCCCAAACCAAAACGCCACAGCAUUUUUGCUUGGUGGGAAGUGAAGAUAAGUCCUCUUGUGGCGCUUCUGGCAGGCUUAACGCUUUGCCUCUCUUUCUCCCCUCCCGACCACCCCCAGGGAGGGAAUUCUUGGCCAGGAAGACUGGCUCUUUUGGAGACUCAGCCUUGCCUCCUCUUCUCUCCCCAAGAGAACAAACAUCAUGCUUCACUUUAUAGCUCUUCUUCCCUCCCAGCCCUCUCAUUCGCUCUGAUCCUCCUCUUUUAGCCUCCCUCUGGAUGAAGGCUGGGAAGGAGUAAUUGGGGAAAGUGAUUCUGUUCCAAAGUCCCUUAAUUGGCUCCCAGAGACCUUUUGAUGGGCUCUUCUCCUUGCCUUUCCUUUGUUCUACCUGUGAUCUCCCACCGCUGCCAGUCAAUGUGUGUGUGUCAUACCUGCACCUCUGAACCCGUCAGUUUCCCAUCCUGGGAUGAGCAGUAAGGAACAGAUGUUUGCGAAAAAUUCCCUUUCCAGGCGCAGGGAUUUUUAUCUCAUCCUGAGAGUCUUCCCUGGCCUUGUUUACGACCUGGGGUGGCAUCUUCAGCCUCCCAGGACAAGGGCAGUUUGGAAGCAGCGCUAACCGAAGCCCAGCAAGGCUGCCUGAGAAUAGUUUAGGGGCUGCCCCAAGACCCUCGUCCUCUCUCUGCCUCUUCCUCUCAGGCUGGCUAGGCUGCAGCGCCCUGGUCUGCUUGGGCAGAGGGGCAGAAGAGCUGGCCACUCCCCCCCUGCAGGUUGAAAACCUGGGAGAAGGCGGGGCAGGGGGAUCCGAGAAGCCUCCAGGGACACCCAGCCUUCCCCAGUUGGUGCCGCUCGGGGUGGUUUGCGCUGUAGUUCCCAUCACCUGUCCCUGUUGAGGGGUCUGUUUUUUGCUUAUCAAAGCUCUUCCACCUUUGUCCUUGUGCCAAAGAGAUCUUCUCCUUCACCGCCUUCCAUCACCUUCCUGCAAAGGUUAGAGUGAAGACCUUCCCCCCCCACCCCUCCUCACUUUCUGCCAAGCUUCUCCGUGUGCGUUUGUACCAGGCUCACCAUUCUCUUUGCAAAACCUCUUCCGUGCAAUUCUCCCGCUUCUUUGCCUUCUGGCCUAGCUGCCCCUGCCUUUUUUGGGUGGGGGGGACGGACUCCUGCCAAGAAGCACAAGUCCCUCUGCCCCCCUCCUUUCCUUGCAGCCCCUUCCUCCUUUGCCAUUCUCAGAUGCACUUUAGGAACGCCCCUCUACUUUGGCGCUGAAUGCCCCCCUCCACCCUGGAUCCUGGGUUUCUUUCUAGAAUUUGCCUCCCGAAUCGAUGGAGGGGAAAGAUCAUUGUGAUUAAUAAGUCCAUCGUGAUCAUUUGCGAAAAACCGAAAAGCUUCCCUGGGCAGCUACUUCCACAUGGCCUGAAGCCGAGGAAGUCACUGCUGCUGCUGCUGCUCCUCCUCCUCUUCAGAGUGCCUUACGCUCACCAUGCGACCACGGAGGGGCUUAGCUCGGCCUUGACCCCUGCCCCGUCUCAGCCAGCUUAGUGCCUAAAAGCCUUGGACUCAUCAGGACGCCCAAUGGUUGAGACACAGGAAACCCUCCUGGCUUUGCAAGAUACCUUGGCCGUCUUCACUGGGGAAAUUGUUCCUGGCCCGAAGCCCCCCCCCCCCCCCCUCGUGGGAGCAUCUGCUUCCCCCGCCCCCCCCCCCCCCUAUUCUGCCCUUCUCCAAUUGGGAAGCUGCUGCUUCAGCACACAACCUGUCCGCAAGGAACUCCUGUCCCAGAGUUGUUGUUUUUUUAGGCCACUGUGUUUGUAUAUAAUAAAGACUUGAUUAGCUACAAAUGCUGGCUAGUCUGGAUGUUGGCUUCAGGGUCUUCCAAAGAACUAGGCAGCAUUUGGGCUGCCAGCCUCUGCAUCUCGGGUUCGGGAGAGGCAUUGCUGAGCAGCCUAUGAAUCCAGUGGGAGGAUUGUGAGUGCUCAGUAAUAGGGGAAUUGUGGACAUGUGUAUGUGUGUGGUGAUGGAGUUCCUGCUUUGGAACCUUGCUUUAACCACAGCCCUGGAAACUCAUCAGUGUGAUGAAUGCAGCCAUUUAUACAAGAUGCCCAUCUCCUCCUCUCCUUCCCUUCUCACGGACAGAGCAGCCUUUCAGGCACCCAGUUCUGACCCAGCAACCUUCGCAAGUGAUGAUAAGCUGCUUAACUUGUGAGUAAAACCC